AGACCAAGCAGAGAGACUGUCAUCAUAACAAGCAGUUAGCAGUGUGCUGCCGACAGACGGGCUGACAGCAGCACCUGUCCACCUCGUUUCUGUACACUUUGUUCAAGCAGCAACAAAGUAGCGGGACUGUGUUGGAUCUCCUGACCUGCCUGUGUUCACCUCACCCGGGGAAGAAGACGACGACCUUCCGGCACUUUUAAGAGAGUCUGACAGCACACGGUCUUUGAAGGACAAGACAAUGAGGCUCCCCUGUCUGCUGCCCUCCUUGGGGCUGAUAACCUGUACUCUGGUGUUGAUGCUGCUGCCGUUUGGGUCCUGCCAUCCAGCACCGACCUCAGAGCAGCCCAGGCUGGUGUUCAUGGAGCAGAUCAGCCGCCCAGAGCUCGGAUUUAACUGGAGAAAUGUCACCUGUGCCCUGUGCAAAGCAGUCUUCACCAUCCUUGAUAUCGCCCUCCUGAGUGAUGCAAAUGAAGAGCGAGUGGCACGUGCAGUAGGGGAGGCAUGUGUCCGUCUCCAUCUGGCUGAUGAGCAAGUGUGUCGACAAAUAACAGAGUUGUUCAGAGACGACUUCAUCCGGGCCAUGCAGCAGUCUUUGUUGUGGCCCUCUGAGGCGUGCGCCCUGCUGGUUGGCCCUUCCUGUGGCAAAUUUGACGUGUAUUCUCCGUGGAACAUCACCCUGCCAAAGGUCCCUAAGCCCCCUGUUACACCACCCUCGCCUCCAAAACCUGGUUCUCCACAGAGCAGGGUCCUGUUUAUAACGGACAUCCACUGGGACCAGGAGUAUCUAGAAGGCAGCGCAGCAGACUGCAAGAACCCUCUGUGUUGCCGGAAAGACUCAGGCGCUCCCAGCUGGUGGCGAAGGGAGGCCGGGUACUGGGGAACCUACAGUAAAUGUGACCUGCCUCUACGGACGGUGGAAAACCUCCUGGAAAAUGCUGCCAGAGAUGGACCCUGGGACUGGGUCUACUGGACUGGAGACAUCCCAGCGCACAAUGUUUGGUCUCAGACCAGGAAACAGCAGCUGUCAGAGCUUACAGUCGUCUCCAGGCUCAUUCACAAACACUUGGGGCCUAAUGUGACAGUUUACCCUGCAAUAGGGAACCAUGAGAGUACGCCAGUGAACAGCUUCCCACCACCGUUUGUUCAUGGCAACAGAUCCUCUGCCUGGCUCUAUGAUACCAUGGCAAAGGAGUGGGCACCAUGGUUACCAGAGCAGGCUUUGAAGACUUUGAGAUAUGGGGGAUUUUACACUUCGGAAAUUCAGCCUGGUCUGAGGGUAGUCUCUCUCAACAUGAACUUUUGUGCUCAAGAAAACUUCUGGCUGAUGGUGAACUCUACAGAUCCUGCUAACCAGCUGCAGUGGCUGGUCCAUAUUCUCCAAGCCAGCGAGGACAAGGGAGAGAAGGUACAUAUCAUCGGUCACAUACCUCCCGGCCUGUGUCUUGGCAGCUGGAGCUGGAACUACUAUCACAUUAUCAAUAGAUAUGAAAGUACAAUCACUGGACAGUUUUUUGGCCAUACACACCUGGAUGAGUUCCAAAUGUUUUAUGACGAGGCGACCAUGACCCGCCCGUUGGGAGUAGCAUUCAUUGCUCCCAGUGUCACUACUUAUGUUAAUCUUAACCCAGGUUUCCGAGUGUACUAUGUGGAUGGCAAUUACAAAGGCAGCUCUCGGUUGGUGCUUGAUCACGAGACCUACAUCCUCAACCUUACAGAGGUGAAUCACGGUCCAGGAGCGCCGAGUAGCCCUCAACAGAACCCCAAAUGGACACUGCUUUACCGUGCCACUGAGGCUUAUGGUCUGACCAGUCUGUUCCCUUCCGACUAUGACGGGCUGAUGCAGACCUUUAUCAAAAAUGAUCGGGUCUUCCAGAAGUUCUGGUACUUAAGACAUAAAGGACAUGUGUCAGAGCCCUGCAAGGAGACGUGCAAAACUACAGUUAUCUGCUUUCUGCGAAGCGGGCGGUACGAUGAGCUGGAGCAGUGCGACCUCCUCAAUGGUUUUGGAGGAAACUUGGCCCGGGCCGCCAGAAAAACCCUCUGCUGACCUGAGGAAGUUUGGACUGAAGGUCUGGGUAAGGAAAAAGCAAUAUGACCAAAACUGAAAUUGAGCCGAAAAACUGUUUAUUUCCUGUUACUGGUUUGUCAACAAAAGGCCCCGGAGCUAUUGCUCAUUAUCAUGUGAUAGUUUGAUUUUGUGAACCUGGGAUGAGUCCAAAGACUUAUUGGUUAAUGCCUUGUGGUUAUCAGUAAUGUUUUUUUUUACAAAGACAUCUAACUGAUUGUGAUUGUAACAGACCUUUGGUUUGUCAACUGCUGUUUUGCAAUGCAAAUUUCGUAAAGAAGCUCCGUUUACUUGAAAUGCAUAGCAUUGCAAGAGUUGGUGGUUCGGUCAGUGAUUUUCGCAAUUCUACUGUAAUGGAUGCCUUGUAUCAGGAAAAAUGAUCUAUCCUUAACAAUCUUGUGACUUUAAAAGGCUGUUCUGAUUCAGAUAAGAGUUUGAAGUUCUUCGUGUGUUAUGGCUCGGGUUAGGGUUAGGCUUAAGCUAAGGGUUACGCUAAGUUGUGCCACAUAGCAUGAAGUUUGCAUUAAAACUGAAGGAUCCAUCCUUUGAGGCCUGUCCCCCAGUGUAAUGUUAACAUUGCAUUUGCUGGGACUUUAAUGUUCUAAAGCAAAUCAGUAAACCACUUACUUUAUUGAACAUGGCGGAUUAAUUGAUCUCAGCUGUCACCUCAGGUUUGACCUUUGAAGAGUUGCUCCACAGCUCACAGUAUCUUCGUUCAAUCGUUUUGACUUGGGACUUUUGACUGGGAUUUCGGUCAGUAAAUUAUUUCGCAGCACCAUCUGCCUCAGCAACAACGUCUUCAAACCUGAUUAAGAAACAGUAUUUCUCAUUGAGGUUUACUUCUGUCUGCACUUUAAUUCUUUGUUGGCUAGUUAUUGUCAUGGUUUGAUAGACCCAAAGUGUUACAAAGAGAAAACAUCAGAUUUUGGGCUGUGCGACUUGUGGCGUAACGUAAGCAAGAAGUAAUGCAACUUGUAAAAUGAACAAUGAUUUAGAGAUAAUGUGUAAAUAAUGAAUAAAAGAUUAAAUCUUA